AUGCAGCAUCCUCUGACGGGGGCCACCUGCGUGGCGCUCCCCAACGUGGGCAUGUGUCCCCAGCUCUCGUGUGCCUUGACUUUUAUGUACUUACAGCAGGGUAAUCAGGAAGCAGCAGCUGCCCCUGACACAAUGGCUCAGCCUUACGCUUCGGCCCAGUUUGCCCCCCCUCAGAACGGCAUCCCCGCGGAAUACACGGCCCCUCAUCCCCACCCCGCGCCAGAGUACACGGGCCAGACCACCGUUCCCGAGCACACGUUAAACCUGUACCCUGCCGCGCAGUCGCACUCGGAGCAGAGCGCAGCGGACACGAGCGCGCACACCGUCUCGGGCACCGCCACACAGACAGAUGAUGCGGCGCCCACGGAUGGUCAGCCCCAGACACAACCUUCCGAAAAUACGGAAAACAAGUCCCAGCCCAAGAGGCUGCAUGUCUCCAACAUCCCCUUCAGGUUCCGGGAUCCCGACCUCCGACAAAUGUUUGGCCAAUUUGGUAAAAUCUUAGAUGUUGAAAUUAUUUUUAAUGAGCGAGGCUCAAAGGGAUUUGGUUUCGUAACUUUCGAAAAUAGUGCCGAUGCGGACAGGGCGAGGGAGAAAUUACACGGCACCGUGGUAGAGGGCCGUAAAAUCGAGGUAAAUAAUGCCACAGCACGUGUAAUGACAAAUAAAAAGACUGUCAACCCUUAUACAAAUGGCUGGAAAUUGAAUCCAGUUGUGGGUGCAGUGUACAGUCCCGAAUUCUAUGCAGGCACCGUGCUGUUGUGCCAGGCAAACCAGGAGGGAUCUUCCAUGUACAGUGCCCCCAGUUCACUUGUAUAUACCUCCGCAAUGCCCGGCUUCCCGUAUCCAGCCGCCACCGCCGCGGCCGCCUACCGAGGGGCGCACCUGAGAGGCCGCGGCCGCACCGUGUACAACACCUUCCGGGCCGCGGCGCCCCCGCCCCCGAUCCCAGCCUACGGCGGUGUUGUUUACCAGGAUGGAUUUUAUGGUGCAGACAUUUAUGGUGGUUACGCUGCAUAUCGCUACGCCCAGCCCACCCCUGCCACUGCUGCCGCCUACAGUGACAGAAAUCAGUUCGUCUUCGUUGCAGCAGAUGAAAUUUCUUGUAACACCUCUGCAGUUACGGACGAGUUUAUGCUACCGACCCCUACCACCACACACUUGCUCCAGCCCCCACCUACGGCGUUGGUGCCAUGCCCCAAGGUUCCAGCCCCAGCACAGACUUCAGAGGAGCUAAGCUGCACACUUCCAGGCCUCUGCUGUCAGGCAGCUGAGAAUCUGACUGCCUCUCCUCCCCUAUUACAAUUCAUGUUUAAAGUCAUAGUCGCCCAGGAAAGAAAAUAG